CUCCAUCACCAUGGCAAACUCCGUUCCCGGCCUUGUCUUCCGCCAGCUCUUCGAGAAGGAGAGCAGCACCUACACCUACCUCCUCGGAGACGAAGCCUCCAAGGAAGCCAUCCUCAUCGACCCUGUGGUCGAGACUGCCGAGAGAGACGCCAAGCUCGCCGAGGACCUUGGCCUCAAGAUCAUCUACGGUAUCAACACUCACUGCCACGCCGACCACGUCACCGGCACCGGGAAGCUCAAGCAGCUCGUCCCCGGCAUGAAGUCCGUCAUCGCCGAGAAGUCUGGCGCCAAGGCGGACAUGUUCAUCAACGACGGGGACGUGCUCAAGUUCGGACAGCACAAGCUGGAGGUUCGCGCUACCCCAGGCCACACCGACGGCUGCGUGAGCUACGUGCUCAAUGACGGAGUGAUGUGCUUCACGGGAGACGCCGUGCUGAUCCGCGGCUGCGGGCGAACAGACUUCCAGCAGGGCGAUCCUGGCCUCCUUUACGAGUCUGUUCACUCAAAGAUCUUCACUCUUCCGGACAAGUGCAUCAUCUACCCAGCCCAUGACUACAAGGGCUUGAUGAACUCCACCGUCCUCGAGGAGAAGACCCUCAACCCGAGGCUGACUAAGAACAAGGAGGAGUUCAUCGAGAUCAUGAAUAACCUCGGCCUCCCCUACCCCAAGCAGAUCGACAGAGCCCUGCCGCUCAACCUUGUUUGCGGAAUUCAGGACUGAGCGAACUGUCUGAUCUCGUAACAUGCAGUGCAUGAAACCAAUUGUCUUCUAGUUUCAUAUGAA